AUGGAGGUCCCAGGUCUGGCGCACAACCUCAGCAGCCCGCUAAGUCCGUGCGAGGGCAUGAUCAAGGACCUCAGCUUGGAUUCCAUUCAGCUCUGCGAACGAGACGGGAAGUCCCAGGACGGCAGUAUCUCGGAGAUGGAGGAGCUCCCCGUCCCACAGAGCAUCAGGAUCAGCAACAUCACCUGCGACUCCUUCAAGAUCUGCUGGGACAUGGAGGCCCGCAGCAAAGAGCGCAUCACACACUACUUCAUCGACCUGAACAAGAAGGAAAACAAGAACUCCAACAAGUUUAAACACAAGGAUGUCCCGACCAAGCUGGUGGCCAAAGCCGUGCCCCUGCCCAUGACGGUGAGGGGCCACUGGUUCCUGAGCCCCCGCACAGAGUACACCGUGGCCGUGCAGACCGCGUCCAAGCAAACAGACGGAGACUACGCCGUGUCCGAGUGGAGCGAGAUCAUCGAGUUCUGCACUGCCGACUAUUCUACAGUGCACCUAAACCAGCUCCUGGAGAAAGCAGAGGUCAUCGCAGGACGCCUGCUGCCGUUCUCAGUCUUUUACAGAAACCACAACAAAGAAUACUUUGACCAGUGCAGAGACGAGCAUGAGAACCGCAUGCUGCCAUCAGUGAAGGACAACAGUGGCAGCCAUGGCUCUCCCAUCAGCGGCAAACUGGAGGGCAUCUUCUUCUGCUGUAAUACAGAGUUCAACACGGGCAAACCCCCGCAGGACUCCCCCUACGGCCGACAGCGCUUUGAGGUGCAGGCGGACGCCCUGUUCAACCCCGACACCAACCUGUACUUUGGGGACCUUUACUGCAUGUACACGGCCUACCACUACGUCAUCCUGGUGCUGGCCCCCAAAGGAUCCCCAGGGGACGACUUCUGUAAGGAGAGGCUCCCGGCUCUGGAUCUCACCAACAACCGCUUCCUGACGUGCAAACAGAGCGAGGCGGGGGACGGCCGGCUGGUGUUCCACCACGCUCAGGACGUCAUCCUGGAGGUCAUCUUCACGGAGCCUGUGGAGCUGUCGCAGGGGAAAGUGUCGGAGAUCAGCGGGCAUCAGCUCAUGAGCCUGUCCACAGUGAACGCCAAGAAGGACCCCAGCUGUAAGACGUGCAACAUCAGCGUGGGCCGCUAA